UAUGGAACAUCCCAGUCAUUUACAUUCCGGGUUAUAUACAGGUUUGGCACAGUCCUGACACGGCGUCGUCUGCAGGCAACGACACUUGACAGUCACCUUGGACAAAUGAUCCAUAAACUCCUUCAAUCCAGGCAAACAUGGCAUCAGUGUCUGUCAGCUCCCGCUUUAACAAGUCAGUCCGGCAGCAUUAUAUGAGCCUGCCACAGGGGGGCAAAUGCCAGGUGACCUAUAUCUGGAUCGACGGCACUGGACAGGUACUUCGCAACAAAACCCGGACCCUGGAUACUGAACCCAAAACUCUAGCAGAUAUUCCGGAGUGGAACUUUGAUGGGUCGAGCACAUACCAGUCGGAAGGUUCCAACAGUGACAUGUACCUCAUACCAGUGCGCAUAUUCAGGGAUCCAUUUACCUGUGACCCCAACAAGCUAGUUCUCUGCGAAGUUCUCAAAUACAACCGCCUUCCUGCAGAAACAAACCAUCGAAUGAGCUGCAAUAAAGUGAUGGAGCAAGUCAAAGAGCACCAGAUAUGGUUUGGCAUAGAGCAAGAAUACACACUCCUGGGAGUGGAUGGACACCCGUUUGGUUGGCCUCAAAGUGGUUUCCCAGCACCCCAAGGUCCCUACUACUGCGGGGUGGGGGCGGACAAAGCUAUUGGACGAGACAUCGUGGAGUGUCACUACAAGGCGUGUCUCUACGCAGGGAUCGAAAUCUUUGGAACUAAUGCUGAAGUGAUGCCAUCCCAAUGGGAGUUCCAGGUGGGUCCCUGUGAGGGCAUUGACAUGGGGGAUCAACUGUGGGUCGCACGCUUCCUGUUGCACCGCGUGUGCGAAGAUUUUGGGGUCGUUGCCACACUGGACCCCAAACCCAUGAAUGGAAACUGGAGCGGGUCUGGGGCACACACUAACGUCAGCACCAAGCAGACCAGAGAAGAAGGAGGACUGCGGUACAUCGAGAAGGCCAUUGAGAGGCUGAGCCGAAGACACAAGGAGCACAUCAUGCUGUAUGACCCACGCGGCGGUCAGGACAACAUGCGGCGUCUCACAGGUCAACACGAGACCGCCAACAUCAACGAGUUCACCUCCGGCGUCGCCAACCGGGGCGCCAGCGUCCGCAUUCCUCGCCAGGUGGGCCAAGAGAAGAAGGGCUACUUCGAGGACCGCCGCCCCGCGGCAAACUGCGACCCUUACCAGGUGACCCGAGCCAUAGCCAGCACCUGUCUGCUUGAUGACGUGGAGCAAGUCAAGGACACUUAGAUCCGACGGCAAGUCUCAACCUUUUGUCUCUUCUAGUGAAUCUACUUGAAGGAAUUGUGAUGUCAUGUGUUUUAUGUACUAAUUAUAGUAAUAAAGCAUGCAUUAAAAACCUCGUAUGAGCACAACUUGAAGGCACGUGU